UUGUAUUCCAGCUGACACAGCUGCUUCUGAACACAGCUACGCGUAUAUAUGUAUUUUUAGAAUUAAAAAUAUUGCUAUAUACAUAAUUAGCAUUAAAAAUAAACAUUGAUUUUUUCCAAAAAUAUAAUCUGGGCUGCAACAACGCGAAUUUAACUGAAACAACGCUCUCCCUCUGGUUGUGACACUAAUAGUGGCUUAAUAAUGGGCUCCGACGACCUCAGCGCAGGCGAUAAAAUCCAAAAGGGUUUCCAGAUCAACUACAUGAUACUGCGCGAUGCGGACACCGGCAAGGUUAUCUGGCAGGAGAAUAAGGACUUUUCUGCCCCGGAUGUCGAGCAUGAGGCGCGGGUACCCGUCAAGAUUCUGGACAUGCGCGCCGUAUCGCGCGAGAUCAAUUUUAGCACGAUUGAGGCAAUGGAAAACUUUCGGCUCGACCAAAAAGUGCUCUUCAAGGGACGCAUCAUGGAGGAAUGGUUCUUCGAGAUGGGCUUCGUGGGCGCCAACACAACCAAUACAUGGCAGAGCACCAUCGAGGCAGCACCCGAGUCCCAAAUGAUGCCCGCAAAAGUCUUAAAUGGCAAUGUGACAAUUCAAACCAGUUUCUAUGACAACGAAACACUCAUCACAAAAUCGGUUGUGCGCUUAUAUUACAUAUAAGCUGUGUGGGCGCCAUACCAACGCACACGCACAUACACACACA